GGAUAACUCUUCCUCCUCCUUUUUUAAGAGCUUUUCUCACCUCCCAAAGCUCCCUCUUCUUUCUAUGAAGAACUGUUUCGUCUCCUUCCUCAUCCAGUUGGACUAGUACUAUAAGAAGUUGAACAUCUGUUAAAGGGAGAGCUCUGAGCUUGUUCCACAAUAUUCCAGCAUGAGGUUCAUGCUACUCCUAGCACCAAACCAUGGAUCUCACAAUCCCCAAGUACUUUGAAGCUCCAUCUUUCUUAGCAUCUCGCAUGGAACCACCAUUGGAGGGCAACACUAACUUCUUCAACAGAAACAUGGCGAACCCAUUUGCAGAUACCUUCCCUGACCCACUUUGCAAGCUCAAUCUGAAAGAGACAUCAGAGUUUGUGAAGUCAUUUCCAAUGGCAAACCACAACACAGAAACCAGGAAUUAUCUUGAUGUCUCGGCUGAGAGGAGGAGAGAGGGAGUUAGUUCAGUCACCAAGAGGAAUAGUGUGGAGGCUCCGCCCACACCUGGUAGGCCCAUUUUCAGCUUCAGUGCUGGAAAUCUCUCAAGAAAAGGGUUCCCUUCCAAAUGGGAUGAUGCUGGAAAAUGGCUUAAUAAUGGCAGCAGUUCUUGCCAUGACUCUCCUGCUCAUCUUCAUGGCUUGAACGUAAAGACUUUGGAAUCUUCAAAGUUUGCCAAGCAAUUUGAUGGGUUUAGGCCACAAGCUGAGGUUUUUGCAGAUAAAUCAAGGGUUACAGAGGAAAAGGUGUCAAACGCAGUUUCGAGCCUUCACCGGUCUGUGCAUUUGGAGCAUCAUAUCUCUACCAAAGAUUUGAAUGUGGAUGUACUUCUAAAAGAUAAGUUCACAAAUGAGGUAGAAGUUGGACCCAUUUUCCCCAAAUACAGAUGCUUGGAGCCAACACAAGAAGAGUUUUUGUUUGGAAAAUUGGAUGAAAAAUCUAAGAAAGCUGCAGUGACCGAGAUGAUUCACGAGGUUCAACAAAGAGAUAUCGGCACAGAGAUGACUCCGCUUGGUAGUUCAACAACUUCGAGAUGCCACACGCCGUUCAAGAGCACGUCACCCGCUCGACAUAAUACCCCAGAGAAUAGGUCAGGCCCAUUGGCCUUAUAUAACUCCUAUACCAGCAGCACAGCAAGUGACAUCACCAAGUUGCAAGAUUGCCACUUAGCUAAGCUACACAUCGGGGCACAAUUCGAUCCGGUUGUUUCUACUUGGAGCUCAAGGGAAGAGGAGGAAGAGGACAUAUCAAAGAGCCUCAGGCAUUUUGAGAUUGGCAGCAACAAUAAUGAGUGCAGGAAAAGUGUUUCAGAGCACUCCAAAGCUUGCUCAUGGGAAGAAGAGGAAAGGAACAAGAGAUGCCUCAGAUACCAGAGAGAAGAAGCAAAAAUUCAAGCUUGGGUGAACCUCCAAAAUGCUAAAGCAGAAGCUCAGUCAAGAAAGCUUGAGGUAAAAAUCGAAAGGAUGAGGGCAGAUUUGGAAGAGAAGUUGAUGAAGAGAAUGGCAUUUGUUCAUAGAAAAGCCGAGGAAUGGAGAGCGGUAGCCCAGCUACAACACUCGGAGCAAAUCCUGAGGGCUGCGAGAGAAUCACAGAAGAUCGUGAACCGGCAUAAUUCUCAUUUCAAUGGCCAAAGGUCUUGUGGUUGCUUUCCUUGUAAUAUUAAUCAUGUUUAAACAGUAGAAGGAAGCUUCAAAAUUCAACCGGAAGAAAAGCCUUGCAUCCAAUUCUUUGUAAUUGGAUGCUUUGUUGAGCUGAUCAUUAUAUAAGAGAGGAAGAAGUUAGAGAAAGUAA